AUCAACAAUAAUGAUAAUAAUAAUAGUAAUAAUAAUAUUAAUAAUACUGAUAAUAAUAAUAAUAAUACUGAUAAUAAUAAUGAUAAUGAUAAUAAUAAUAAUAAUAAUAAUAAUAAUAAUAAUAAUAAUGAUAAUAAUAAUAAUACUGAUAAUAAAAAUAAUAAUAAUAAUAAUAAUAAUACUGAUAAUAAUAAUAAUAAUAAUACUGAUAAUAAUAAUAAUAAUAAUGAUAAUAAUAAUAAUACUGAUAAUAAUAAUAAUACUGAUAAUAAUAAUAAUACUGAUAAUAAUAAUAAUACUGAUAAUAAUAAUAAUAAUAAUAAUAAUAAUAAUAAUAAUAAUACUGAUAAUAAUAAUGAUAAUGAUAAUAAUAAUAAUACUGAUAAUAAUAAUGAUAAUGAUAAUAAUAAUAAUGAUAAUGAUAAUAAUAAUGAUAAUAAUAAUAAUGAUAAUAAUAAUAAUGAUAAUAAUAAUAAUAAUAAUACUGAUAAUAAUAAUAAUAAUACUGAUAAUAAUAAUAAUAAUAUAACUGCAUAUUUUUUCCUCCAUUUCUAUGCAGGUGAGCACAAGACCGAGGAAUUUGCAGCCAUCAACCCUUUCCAGCUUGUACCUGCAAUUGACGAUAAUGGAUUCAAGCUCACGGAGAGCGUUGCCAUCUUGCGUUACUUGUGUCGAGAGCACAAAUUGGCCGACCAUUGGUACCCCAGUGAUUCAAAGGCUCAGGCACGUGUUGAUGAAUACCUUGAGUGGCAGCAUCUGAACACCCGAAUGCAAUGUGCAAUGUACUUCCAGUUUAAGUUCCUGCGCCCAAAGAUGCUUGGGAUGCCAGUGAACGAAAAGAAGGUCGCAGAGUUCCAGGAACGAAUGGAAACCGUGCUGGAUCAGCUGGAAACUAUUUGGCUGAAGGAUCACCCAUUCAUUGCCGGAGAUCACGUAACCAUUGCUGAUUUACUGGCCGCUUGUGAACUGGAGCAACCAAGUAUGGCUGGUUAUGAUGUGUGUGCAGGAAGGCCCAACCUAACUGCCUGGUUCAAACGCGUCAAAGAUUCGUUCCAGCCACACUAUGAUGAAGCGCACAUGAUGGUGUACCGUGUCAAGGAUAAAUUUGGCGGCAAUCCAGUGAAAUCAAACCUCUAACACAAUUGAUGGUGUUUAUAGUUGUUGAGGCAGUUCCAUAUAUUAAAUGGGCCAUGAAGUAUGUUUUGUUUUUUUUCAUUGCUGAAAGAAAUAUUAUGGGAGUAUUAUUUGUAUGUAGCCAGAGUCAAAUUAUUGGUGUGAAUACUUAUUAUGAAUUAAAGACUGGUGCUAUUGUGUAGUGAAAAAUGUUAUGUCAUGAAUAUAAUUUGAACAUUUAUUUUAGAUACUAGCUUGGCAGAAAUGCAAUUUGUAGUUAUGUUGUUUCCAUAUGUUUCAUCCCUUUGUCAAAACUAACUCAUGAUAAAUAGAAAUGACCUUUAGAUAUAACAGUUAACUGCACACAUCUUGUGAUUGUAUUUGUAAUUGUACAGAACAAAUAUUGCAUAUGUUAAUGAAACCCAAGGUGCAGUUACAGUAGUUUAUAUUUUUAUAGGUGAAUUGUUUUAUGAGCAUUUUAUAUAUUAGUAUUUGUGACUAACAAAUAUUAGGUAUCAAAGACAUUGUAAUUGUUAACUGGAUUUUCUAAAAUCAACAUAGCAGAAUGGACUGAA